AUAUUGGCUCUGAGUGUGUAAACCUGAAAAAUGAGCAUAUUUGGAUCAAAUAAUUCGUUUGGCAAUACAGCCUCCCCGAAUGCUAAUGCGAUGAAAGAUAUUGAGGUGGCGUCUCCUCCUGAUGACAGUGUUAGCUGUCUUAAGUUCAGCCCUGGAACCAUGACCCAGACUUUCCUGGUAGCGGGAAGCUGGGAUAACAACAUUCGGUGUUGGGAGGUACAACAGACAGGUCAGACAGUCCCUAAAGCUCAGCAAACACACCAGGGACCAAUCCUUGACUGUGACUGGAGUGAUGAUGGGACCAAAGUUUUCACAGCCUCGUGUGACAAGACAGCUAAAAUGUGGGAUUUAAAUAGUAACCAGGCCAUACAGAUUGCACAACAUGAUGCCCCAAUCAAGACUAUUCAUCACAUCAAGGCACCCAACUACAGCUGUGUAAUGACAGGAAGCUGGGACAAGACACUUAAGUUUUGGGACACUCGACAGCCUACUCCCAUCGAUUCCAUACAGCUGCCAGAGAGGUGCUACUGUGCUGAUGUUAAAUACCCAAUGGCUGUAGUGGGAACUGCUGAGAGAAGGCUUAUUGUUUACCAGCUAGAGAACAGACCACAGGAAUUCAGUCGCAUUGAGUCACCCCUCAAAUUCCAGCAUCGUUGCUUAAGUAUUUUUGCGGAUAAGAAAACAAAUGCUCCAACAGGCUUUGCCUUGGGGAGUAUUGAAGGAAGAGUAGCAAUUCAUUACAUCAACCCGACCAGUCCGAAGGAUAACUUCACGUUUAAAUGUCACCGUUCCAAUGGUACCACCAACGGCAUGCAGGACAUUUACACGGUAAAUGACAUUUCUUUUCAUCCUACCCAUGGAACCCUAGCAACCGUUGGCUCAGAUUGUCGAUUCAGUUUCUGGGACAAAGAUGCUCGCACAAAACUCAAGACGUCAGAGCAGUUUGAUCAACCAUUAACAGCCUGUAACUUCAAUGCACAGGGGAACGUGUUUGCCUACGCAACAAGUUAUGACUGGUCCAAGGGCCAUGAGGGAUUUGACCCUCAGAAGAAACCUCACAUCUUUCUGCGACCUGGAUUUGAUGACCUCAAGCCAAGCAUGAAGAAGACAUAAGCAGUCUUUGAUGCAAAAAUUGACAUUUUGAUAAGGAUUUCAUCUUCCAACUUUACAAAAUGUUGGGUUGACAUUUGAAUGAACUAGGAUUUGUGUAUAUGAAAUACAGAUUUGCUUGUUAAUCAUGAUACAGUGAGCACCUGUUCUGCAUUAUUUGUGUAGAAAGUUCUCAACCUUAUACACAGUAACUGUGAAAAUACAUUACCUAUCUUGGAAGACAUUUUGUUUGUACAAUAGCUGCUUGAUAUCUGAUUUUUUGAUACUUCAAUGUAUGAUACCGUUUACAACCAUUAUUAGAUUCAGAGAUUCACUUGUUAUGUGAUGUUAAACUGUAUUGUAAAUCUCUGUAAAUACUUCUUCACUGACAUCACAACCGUUACCCUCCACAUCUUCGUUACAAAGCAGUCUUAUUGUCACAAAAAUUUAAACCAUCCUAUUCAAUUUAUCAACUUGUGAAGAUCUAUUGGUUGAAGUGACUUCAAUGAAUCAGUUUUUUUGUUCAAAAACUUUAUUUCAUCAUUAAUAAUGCCUUAACAAGCAUUAAUUUGCCAUAAACAACCCCCAUCCUUGUAAAUUACCAGCACAGGUUUUUCUCAUUCUAAAGCAAACCAUGAUACCACAGAGAAUUACUGGUUAAAAAUUGGGGGUGUAUUUUAUAAUUUUUUCUGUUUAAAUUUUUUUUUUUUUUGUUGAUUUCAAUCAUGGAGUUAACACUGAAUCACAAAUGUUUUUGUUUUUUUCAAAGCAACUUGUACACAUUUCAGCAAUGUAAAUAUAACACAGGAUACUUUAUAAUAUCCAUUGUUUUAAUUAAACAUUGUGACUCAAUUA